ACUGUUUCUAUAUUCGUUAUACAAACCUAGUAGCUCAAAGUUACGCCUUAGCAUUGAUUGGAAUGGCAGCUCCCCUGGGUUAGUCCGUAGCAUCAGUUCCUAAACUCGGGUUUUUUUUCUCCUUUAUAGUUCCCAUCUUUGUCUACCCUCCUACGAAACAACUUUCUUAUCCGAAAGCCUUGCGGUUUCCCCUCUGCAAAACGCAGAAGCGUCGUGGUCGUCAUCAUGUCGACCAGCCAAAGGACAUAUUCCACCUCCAUGCCGCUCUCACCACCUCCCCCUUCCGACCUGGGGAGCUAUUCCCGCUUCAUGCAUCAACACACCAAGCGACAGAUGGAGUCCAUCUCACAAUCGCCCCCAACGGCUUCGCAACACGGCCAGUCCUCGCCCACGGGUCUCCCAGACGGUGUGGCCGGCAGGAGUCGGAACCCCAAUCAAUACACCUAUCAUCAGUCCUGAAACUCUACCCCGGAUUUGCGUGUCGACCGUCGUCGAACCAUGAGCGGCAUCACGGCCGAGCUCGGCUGAACCCUGGGAGGGACCGAAGGAAAAAGGAACGAAAAAAAAAAAAAAAGACCAUACGGGUGCCCAGGUGAAGGUCUGCUGUGUAUGGAAACCCGAGGAGAGGUUUUUAAACCACGCGAGGGAGGACGGGCGGGCGCGACGGGACACACGGUGGAUUGAUGCUCCGAUAUCUAUAUCGUGAACCGGCGCUUCUAGGGUAUGGUCUGGCCGAUGUUGCAUCUUUUUUUGUUGUCUGGGGAGAUAUGGUGUUUUUGCAAGCACGGCGUUGAAGGGAAAGGCGGCUUGGGAAG